AUGCAAAAGUACCAGCUCUUGUGCAUUCUUUUCGUUGCUUUCGGCUCCAUAUUCUAUGGCUACGACUCUGGUUGUACGACAUCGGUCCUUGGAUAUUCGUCGUUUAUCGAGUACUUUAACCUCGAUGCUACAACCAUUGGAGCUUUCGGAUCAGCUUAUUAUGGAGGCGGAGCCGUUGGUUGUUUCCUCAAUUACUAUUUGCCCGACAAAUUUGGGCGGCUGCGGACAAUCCAAAUAUCCUGCGUUCUUGCUUUGAUCGGCUCUGCCAUGCAGGCCGGAGCGACGAACUUCCCCGUAUUCUGUGCAGGCCGUGUCCUUGGUGGUAUUGCAAACGGCAUUGUCUUCUCAGUUUGUCCUACCUACGCGAGCGAGAUCGCUACUCCAGAGAUUAGAGGCCGGGUUGGCUCACUGUAUGCUUUCAACGUUAACUUCGCCUAUAUGCUCACAGAAUGGAUGGGUCUCGGCUUUUAUUACAUCAAAGGCAAUGCCGCAUGGCGGACUCUUUUAGGAAUCCAGCUUGUACCGGCCGCUUUCAUGUUGAUCGCUUCAUUCUGGAUGCCUUUCUCUCCACGAUGGCUCAUCAUGAAGGGGCGAGAGGAUGAAGCACUGGAAGUGCUUAGGAAGCUUCAUGCCGGUGUCGAGGGACAUGAAGAGGACUUCUACAUCAAGGAGUUCCACCAGAUUAAGUCCCAGUACCAAAUCGAAAAAGCCAACCAGCUCGGCCUUGUUGCAAUCUUCAAGAAGAAAUCAUACCGGAAACGCAUGUAUCUCAUCUUGACCUUUGUGGCGUUCUGCCAGUUCACAGGAAUUAUCCCGCUUCAGAACUACCAGGUCACAAUCUACACCAAGCUCGGCUUCACCAAUGUCUUCAGUCUUGUCUUGACAGGUAUCUGGGGCACAUUAGGCUGCUUAUCUACAAUUACCGCAAGUCAAAUCGUCGACAGGAUGGGUCGACGACAUCUGAUGUUUGUUUCCUACAGUUUCAUGAUUCCAGGUGGCAUCCUACUCGUGGCUUUAUGGGCAAGUUUCGAACACACAAACAGUAGCAACUACGCGUUAGGCAAAGCUGUCAUCUUUGGCAUGUUCUUUUACGGUUUCGGAUACGGCGGUUUCAUGAACACCUUCUUCCCAACCUACUGCACUGAGGUCAUGCCCACCAACAUCCGCGCCACGGGUACAGCUUCCGGCUACGCUCUCUUCAAUCUCAUCGUCAUCAUGCUGGUUCAGGUGACGCCCAUGGCCAUCGAGGCCAUCAGUUGGAAGUACUUUAUGAUCUUCGUCAUCUGUGACGUCAUCUUCAUUGUCAUUUUCAUCAUAUUCUACCCCGAGACAAAGAAUAAGACAUUGGAGGAAAUCAGUGCGAUUUUUGGCGACGAGGUCGCCGAGACGCUCGAAGAGGCUGGGCAGCACGUUGACGAAGUUCUGCACGAGCACGAAAAAAGCGUCCAGCAUAUCGAUGAAGUCCCGGCAAAGCUUGCGUAA